AUGGCAAUUUCGUCAACGACUGAUUGGUCAAAAAUCCGUUACAUCAUGUUCGUUCUAUUUUUCAUAAGUGCCCUCUCGGCCUCCACGGUCGCGACAGGAUUGACCACAUCGGGAAAACAAAAACGGCAAUUGUUCCGCGAACAUCUCCUUCCGCAGCACGGGGGUAAAAUCCCCGACGGGGCUUUCGACCCCCAUCGCAUCAGUUUGAAUAAGCUGAGCCAGAACGGUAUUUUUAGCCCCGACGGCUACCACCUUGCCCAAAGACACCCCGACCGGCACCACAACCCCAAACAGCACCUCCCCAACACCUUGAAGGUGCAUCAUUAUCCAGACAAUAGGUUUGUUGCGCCUCAGGGGCAACAGCACGGGGUCCAAACCAUUGACACCACCUACCUCAUACGCGAACCAGUACAAUACCCCCUUUUCCCGCCCUUAAGACAUUACACCCCUUUACCGUUUUUCCCGCAGUAUUCUCUCAAAUUGCUCAGACAUUUCAAAUAUGACAAAGUUAAUGACCAUCACGACGGCUCCUGGAACGAAAUCGAAUUGCCAACGAAGCACCAAACGUAUGAGGGCUACGCCGUGGGCCCCAAGCUCCGUCAGCAUGAAAAGGAGCAACAGCAGGACUUGAGCAAAAUCCCGGGAAUCCCCGGCAAAGACUAUCCCCUUUUCCACAGCGUCCCCCCGACUAGCUUCUCCUGCAAGCACGUUCCUGCCCAUCCUGGGAUUUACGCAAACGUUGAAACCGGCUGCCAAGCUUACCACGUCUGUCAUGAUGGUCGCGAGGGGGAGCAAGGAGCCUCCUUCCUCUGCACCAACGGAACCAUCUUCAACCAAGCGGAGUUCGCUUGUGACUGGUGGUACAAUGUCAACUGCCACGAAGCCCCAAAUCUGUACAGACUCAAUUUGGACCCCGCCAAAAACCCCUACGUCCCCAAACGCAAGCCCGAGGAGGAGCUCCAUUUCGUGCCCGUUGAGAAAUAUUAA